AUGACUCACCCUCUUCUUAUUCUGGAGUUACUUGAAAAUAUAUUCAGUUUCUUGGCUAAGGAUAAAGCACUCUAUCCAGCAUUAUUUGUUAAUAGACUUUGGUAUCACUGUAGUACUUCGAUUCUAUGGAGACAUAUUGAAUUUUCUAUAGAAAGUUAUCAGCAGAAUCGGUAUAGUAAAGAUACAUCUGGACCUCUUUAUUGUCUUGAUGCGUGUACAGCUAUUACUGAUAGAUGCAUUAGUGAAAUAAUAAAAUUUUGUCCAAAUUUAAAAUACAUAAAUAUCAGUUCUUUGUAUAGAGAUAGUAAUAUUUCCAGCAUAUCUGUAAUUGAAAUAGCACGAUCUUGUUCCAAUCUAGUAUAUUUAAACCUCAAUGGACAACCUUCUAUUAAUGAUAAAUCAAUUUGUGCAAUUGCACGCUCAUGUGUAAAUCUUCAACAUCUAGAUUUGUCAUUUAAUGAAAUAAUUACGGAUGAGGCUAUAUGUGCGAUUGCAACUGGUUGUCCAGAUAUGCGAAAUUAUUUUUUCAAAGAAUGUGAACAGAUAACUAAUAAAUCAAUCAAAAAAAUUGCACAGAUAAAUCAAAAUCUGCAAAUACUUAUUCUCACUUCCUGUUACGGAAUUACAGAUGGUGCUAUAUGCAAUAUAGUUCGUUUAUGUUCAAACAUUCAGAAUUUUGGUUUUCAAUAUAUUCAUAUCAUUGAUAAAACGAUAUAUGAAAUUGCAUACCACUGUUCUAAUUUAUUAGUUCUCAAUAUAAAGAAAUGUCUAUUUAUUUCUGAUGAAUCAAUCUACUUCCUAUUAAGCAAAAAACCGAUACUAAACAUAAUAUUAGAUUGGAUUCCGUGA